AUGGACUCAUUUAAACAAACAGUCGCCCUUUACACGGUUGGUGGCUCGGGAACCGCGUUGAAUUUCGUGCUCCUGUACUUGAUUUCAACCGAUAAAGCGGCUUUCAUCAUUGACGAGAGCGGUUUUCUCGUGUUCAGCAAGAAUUUGCACAAACUAGGCUUUUGGUAUUCAUACGUGAUGACCACGGUUUACAUAAUCGCUUUUGAAAUGUCCCUUUCUUUGCUCGGGAUUCACUGCUUUUAUCGAUACGCAAAGAUCACAGGCAAAUACUCAUCGAUUUUUGAGAAAUGGUAUAUGAUAUUAUUGGUGGUAAUUGGGUAUUUCGUGAUUGCGAUCAUUUAUGGACUGAAUUGUGCUCUCGAUAUGGCGGGUCUCGCUCCAGUCAUUUUCGAUUACACCCCGGCGAUGUGCACGAUUUGGGGAGGGUUUAUUGGUCUUCCAUUGCACGAGGUGGCUAUGUACAUGCCGAUCAUGAUUGCCAGCUAUUCUCCCGCCGAGGCGCUCAUGGUCAUUUUUGGUUUCACGGCCUAUCGACGCCGGAUCUUGAAAAUGGUCAAAUUGAGAUCCUCGGAUGUCUCUGUUCGUCAACUCAGCGAGAUCCGUCGCCCGGCAAUCAGCAACUUGUCCAUAAUUUCAAAUGGAAAUAGAUCUGAAAUCACGAAGAAAUCCGAGGAAAUAAGUUAUUCCAGCAAUGUUAAACAA